AUGGGCCUUCCACAGGCUACCAUUCCUGGCUCAUGCCCAUUUGGAGCUACAAGUAGCGUCACCAGCUUCCUACGGACUGGAGAGUUCCACUGUCAUGUUAUUCGGUCCCUGGGAUUAGUCAAUGCCUUGAGUUACCUUGACGACUUUUUCCCCAUCGAAGUCCCCCAGCUAUCCGCCUCAGCUUUGACCUUGGUCGAGUUCGUCAUGGAACUACUCACUGGGGCCCGCAUUAAACACAAAAAGGAUAUCCCUCCUUCUCACGACAACGUCCUCCUCGAUCUUCGCGUGAAUCUCGAACACGGGCAAUGCAUUGUCUCUCUGACUCAAGACCGACGCGCGAAGCUCAUUUGCGACCUCCUGGACGUGAAAUCUGGUGCUUUG